AUGGGAUUUAUGUCCUUCUUGCGCGAUGACCGCGUAGCCCUGGUUGGGAUGGGCGUGGCGGCAGUCGCCUUAAUCAGUAGCAUGAUGGCGGUUGUCACUAUGGUCAUUGAAGACAACAAGAUCGAGCGCUCAGAACCAAAGACGCAAUACAUUACGCAAGAGACGGAAGACUCUUUGCAACUAGAAACCUUGGAGAAGCUUAUCAACCACCCUAGCUAUUCUAUCCGAGAGGUGGCAGUGAAGAUUCUCUGCGAUCGCGCGGUUAACGAUGACGAUACUGUUCACAUCCUUCUCCAUGGGAUAACUAGAACGGAUUACGACUAUCGGCUACAAUGUCUCAAAGCCCUCGCUCUCCUAUUGUCGCAAACUGGUGAGACCCCGGCAACGUUCGACACAUUAAAAGCUUAUGUAGCGAUGGUCCGGUCUUUAGAAAUCGGCCUCGACGAGGACGAGCUCCCCAAGCUUAACGACCCCCACUUCGACGAGUAUUACCUACGAGAUAUGGCGGAACGCACCAACCUACUCAUCAUCUAUCAACUGAUACAGAAAAACGGCGCAUCAGAGCUUAUCAAGGCAAAGUUUGUAGAACGAUGGCUAGCCAAGCAGAACUGGGGCGACUCGGAAGGCGAAAUCCAGGCAAACUUCAAAAUGUACACGGAGGGGAACAAGAACAACCCCAUUCGCAGCAUUGUCGAUUGCAUUAGGACGGCCUCCAUGGGCUUGGAUACUCUUAGACGAUGCGGACUAGUCGCGAAAGUAGAAUCGCCCCCGUACCAGGAAGUUUGGGACAUAACGUUUAGCACCGCCCGACCAGGAGAGGGCGAGGACGGGGUGCAAGACCCUGAUCUGUCGGCGGAGGAUAUCCGAAGACUAAGACGCGAGGCCUUUGUCUUCAACGACGGAAGUCGGCCAAUUUCGCGGCAGGACAUUGUCGAGAGAAGUUCCCGCUAG